UCAAAGCUCUUUUUCUUCACCACCCCAUUACUCCAACUCCAACUCUCUCUCUCUCUCUUUCAAACUUCUGCUUCAUCAUGCGAUCCCAACAGAGUCCUUUAGACCUCAACAACUUACCUGAAGAUUAUAAUAUCCGAGAUGGCAAACAGAUUAGUGAAGACACCUCUACUGGUCAUCGCAAGAACAAAAGUGGUAUGAAGGAGGGCAAAGACGAGGCCGGAAAGGUGUAUGAAUGCAGGUUUUGCUCCCUCAAGUUCUGCAAAUCCCAGGCCCUUGGUGGCCACAUGAACCGCCACCGCCAAGAGAGAGAGACAGAGACACUCAAUCGAGCUCGCCAGCUUGUUUUCACUAACGAUAACCUGGCCGCCCAACCUCCUCCUCAUUUAGGGUGCUGUCAUUCAAUGGCACCGGGAGGAAGCUACCAUACGGGGGAAAGCGGCGGCGUAGGGGGUGAUUCAACGCUGCCACUCAGAUUCCCAACCACUCUUCUGUCACCGCAGCCGGCAUAUCUUUACAGCUCGCCGACACGGCCAUCCGGGUUCCCCUCAUACUAUCCUCCUCCUCCUCCUCCUCCUCCACCACAAGCCUCCAUCAACGAAUUCUAUGUGGGGCAUGUCUUGGGGAACCCUUCCCAUUGCACCCAUCACACUGUGAACUACGGUUCCACCUCGGUAGAGUCGAGCAGCUACACUUGUAUCGGUGCUCCGGUGGGGCAUGCCAUGGCGUUCAAAGGUAGUAGAGACGGAUCACAGAAGAAGCAGCAGCAGCAGCAGCAGAGUUUGGACGUUCCCUCCUCGAUCAAUCGGUUUCAAGAUGGGUUCUAAAAAGAAGAUUAGAAUAUUUUUUUGUUUCAAAAUUGAAAAUCUGCACGGACACGGCAGGCAGAGAAAGAGAGAAAGAGAGAGAGAGACAUAACAAGCUGACAAAUGGGGUCAUAAUAGAAGGGAAAGAGGAAGGGUUUUAUUAUAUUUUAUUUUUGUUUCAAUUUGGGUUUUAAUUGGAAACAGCUUUUGAGCUGAGAGACAAGCUCAGCUAGUUUGGCAUGGAGCUGUGGGGGAGGAGGGAAAAGGGGAGGGUGUCUUUCUAUUGGUUUGUAUUCUAAUGCCUAUGGGUGAAAAAAGAGCAAACUAUGAAACAAGAGAUUGAUGGGACUAGAAGUUAGAUAUCAACUCAAACUUC